UCGAGUCGCUGGCUGCCUUGACCAGAGCAGAGAUGCAGCCGCCGCCCCGAAAAGUUAAGCCCGCCCAAGAGGUGAAACUUCGCUUCCUGGAGCAGCUGAGCAUCCUUCAGACCCAGCAACAGAAGGAGGCUGAUCUGCUGGAGGACAUCAGAUCUUACAGCAAGCAGAGGGCAGCCAUUGAACGAGAGUAUGGGCAGGCACUCCAGAAACUGGCUGGGCCAUUCCUGAAGAGGGAAGGGCAACGCAGUGGGGAGAUGGACAGCAGGACAGUGUUUGGUGCCUGGCGCUGCUUGCUGGAUGCCACCGUGGCUGGGGGCCAAACGCGGCUCCAGGCGUCUGAUCGAUACCGUGACCUAGCGGGGGGCACAGGGCGGAGUGCCAAGGAGCAGGUGCUUAGGAAGGGAACAGAGAGUCUGCAGAGGGCGCAGGCAGAGGUGCUGCAGUCUGUCCGGGAACUGAGCCGAAGUCGGAAGCUGUAUGGGCAGCGGGAGCGUGUAUGGGCCUUGGCACAGGAGAAAGCAGCUGAUGUCCAGGCCAGGCUGAACCGAAGUGACCAUGGGAUCUUCCAUUCUCGGACCAGUCUCCAGAAACUAAGUGCUAAGCUGUCUGCCCAAUCAGCCCAGUACUCUCAGCAACUGCGAGCAGCCCGCAAUGAGUACCUGCUCAACUUGGUGGCUACCAAUGCCCACCUUGACCACUACUACCAGGAGGAACUGCCAGCUCUGCUCAAGGCCCUGGUCAGUGAGUUGUCAGAACACUUGAGAGACCCUCUGAACUUACUGAGCCGUGCUGAGCUGGAAGCUGCAGAGGUGGUCUUGGAACAUGCCCGCCUGGGAGGGCAGGCAACCUCUCAGGUAAACUGGGAGCAGGAUGUAAAGCUGUUUCUUCAGGAGUCUGGAGUCUUUUCCCCGACCCCACCUCAGCAGUUUCAGCCAGCAGGGGCCGAUCAGGUGUGUGCCCUUGAGAGGGGAGCAGGAGGUACGGCUGGGGAGAGUGGCCUAGAGAAAGAGAUCCAGCGCUGGACAAGCCGAGCUGCCCGAGACUACAAGAUCCAGCACCAUGGGCAUUGGGUGCUGCAGCGACUCGAGCAAAGACGGCAGCAGGCUCCAGACCGUGAGGCCCCAGGCAUAGAACAGCGACUACAGGAAGUGAGGGAGAGCAUUCGUCGGGCACAGGUGAGCCAGGUGAAGGGAGCUGCUCGGCUGGCCCUGCUGCAGGGGGCUGGCCUGGAUGUGCAGCACUGGCUGAAGCCAGCCAUGACCCAGGCCCAGGAUGAGGUGGAACAAGAGCGACGACUCAGUGAGGCUCGGCUGUCCCAGAGGGACCUCUCCCCAACGGCUGAAGAUGCUGAGCUUUCUGACUUUGAUGAAUGUGAAGAGGCAGGGGAGCUCUUUGAGGAGCCUGCCCCACCAGCCCUAGCCACCAGGCCCUUCCCCUGCCCCGCACAUGUGGUAUUUGGGUAUCAGGCAGGGCAUGAGGAUGAGCUGACCAUCACGGAGGGUGAGUGGCUGGAGGUCAUAGAGGAGGGAGAUGCUGAUGAAUGGGUCAAGGCUCGGAACCAGCAUGGCAAGGUAGGCUUUGUGCCUGAGCGGUAUCUCAACUUCCCGGAUCUUUCCCUUCCUGAGAGUGGCCGUGACAGUGACAAUCCCUCGGGUGUAGAGCCCACAGCAUUCCUUGCCCGUGCACUAUAUAGCUACACUGGACAGAGUGAAGAAGAACUGAGCUUCCCAGAAGGGGCACUCAUCCGCCUGCUACCCCGGGCCCAAGAUGGAGUGGAUGAUGGCUUCUGGAGGGGAGAAUUUGGAGGCCAUGUUGGGGUCUUCCCCUCCCUGCUGGUGGAGGAGCUGCUUGGCCCUCCAGGGCCACCUGAACUCUGUGACCCUGAACAGACACUGCCAUCCCCUUCUCCUCCCAGUUUCUCCCCACCUGCACCCACCUGUGCCUUGGAUGGACCCUCUGCACCUGUCCUGCCUGGAGAUAAAGCCCUGGAUAGCCCUGGAUCCCUAGACUUGAUGGCACCUCGACUUAGGCCGAUGCGUCCACCACCUCCCCCACCGGCUAAAGCCCCAGAUCCUGGCCACCCAGAUUCCCUCACCUGAAGCCCGGGUAUCAGUGCCCCCAAGUGAUGCUGCUGCCCUAUCUCCAUGCUGUCAGAGACCUCCCUUCAAUGAUCCACAGCCACACAGCCAAAAGCUAGAAUCUUUCCCACAUCCACUCUUAGGUUUAGAAACUUCCCCCCUCCCAAUUUUUUGGGGAAAAAAUCCAUUUUUCCAAUUGUCCUCCUGCCGCCUUUAGGGUUGUAACUACCCCUUUGUCUGCCAUCAUCCCAUCUCUAAGGUGAUGAAAUACCCUGAAAUCUUUGGGGCUGAAUUACUUCCCCAAAGUCUUGACUGACUCUGAUCUAUCUGGUCUCCACCCUGGCUCUGUAGCCCACCCCACUUUAGAUGCCAGGGUCACUGGGGUUGGAGCUGGGAGAGGAGCUAGCCUUGGGAGUCAGAAGGAGCCAGUAUGCAAAGCAGCUGUAAUGGUCUGAGCGGAUUUAUUGACAGUGAAUAAAGGGCAUGAAGGCCAAGCCAGGGCCUGGACCUCUUUUGCCAAGAGGGCAGGGAGCCUAAGGUGCUAUUGCUUUUGGGCCCCACCAAGGGCAGGGACCUGGUCCCAGCUGCCACGCUCCAUCAUGUGGAGCGAGGUGUUGGGGAAGGCAGGCCAGGCAGCCUGUUGGCAGGUAGGGGAAGAGGAAGAAACUGAGGGUCCAGGAGUGGAAGAACUUUUCUCAAAGUCCCCCAGACUGAGACCGUGCAACUCCAGGUGAAAGUAGAUCUGGUCCCUCAACUGGGGGCCAGUGCUGUCCAGUGAACGGGAGGGCCUUCAUGCCCACUCACUUUUGGCCCUGCCAGCUGGUAGUCCAUCAGCACAAUGAAGAAUGAGGCUUGGAGAAAAGGAAGGGGAACAGAGUUGCUUCCUGUUUAAGCCCUGUUCUGGCUUUUCUCCAGGGGCUGCAGGACCCUCCCUAUUGUCUGGAGCACAUACCCAUUCCCCACCACCAGCCAAGGAAUUUGUAGCAGAGGCUUAGCCUGGAGUUCACCUGGGGUCUCAGGGAGAUGAUGGGUUAAGUAGUUUAGGUAGAGGGUGGAAGGACAGGAUUAUCUGAUUUGGGACUCAGUCAGACUCACCUCACAUACCCCCUGCUCCCUGUGGUGGAGACACCUGAGAGAAAGGGGAGACAUCAACAGUGGGAAUGAGGGUGGUCCAUAUCACUGCUCUCCAGAGUAGGGGGCAAUAAAACUGAGCCAUGUGCAGCCCUGGCCAUGUCUUCAUACCUGGUGAUCUGAGGAGUCUGGUUUGCUUGGCUGUCCAUUUGCCUCUUGACUGGGCAGCCUUGGGCUCGGGCUCAGGAUCCUCCCUCUGGCCCCCAGUGUUGAUUCUGCAGAGGCUCCAGGGUUCCCCUCAAGUCCACAAGGGACUAGACUGCUGUCCUUGAGUCUUCCAUUCUGCACUGGGGGCCUGGCUAGUGACUGGGGCUGUGGCUCCUCAGGGGGCAGCCUCUCAAUGACAGGCAUCCCUGUCCUGGGUGGCCUUCCUCCAGAUCCCUGACCACCCCCUGGGUCCUGCCCACCACCAGAGCCCCAGCUUCUGUCCGUGGGGGAACCAUCACGAUGCUCAUGCAGCCCAUAACGCUUCUCAAUGUGUGUCACCCGGAACCUGGGAGGGGAGAGAACACUGUGGCUUAGGACAACUCAGAGGCUGCCUGGCAUUCCCCUCUGACCACAAACAUUCUAGGUUUUAUGGCCACUACCCUCUGGCCUAGGAUAGAAGAGGUCUUCUCAGAUUGUGGGACACACCAUGUGGUCUGAACCCUACUGCAGCUUCCAGUCCAGCAGGAAAGAGCUAGGCCAACUUUGGGGUCAGGCUCCUGAUCACUGGGGUCCCCACCUCAACCUCCUUUUUCUGGAGCACUGUGUCCCCACCUGCCCACAGAGAACACGGUGGUCUCUCCAGGUCGGGGGCGGCUUUUUCCUUCCUUGGACCUUCCCUGACGAACAAGUGGGGGCCUCUUGCUGCGGCUGCAGUGGAUGCAUGGGGCUGCAGAGCCCAGAUGCACUGUGUGAUGAUGGGAGGGAGCUCCAUCCUGUAUGCUGGAAGUGGCAUCCAUGCUGGACAGUAGGGAGGAGGGAGCAGAAAUGAUAUUUCUAUUUCCCUUCUUGUUCCAUUUCCUCCGAUUCUUUCAGCAUGCUUUUCAAACUCCCAAAGCCCCACUUUUUCCAGGUCCCAACAUUAUUUUAUCUGUUUAAUAAAUUUAAUAUUAAGUUGUGA